UACGUGGACUCAAUCCCAGCCCCUUUCCAAGUUGCCAUAGCAUCAGCCUUACAAAACGUGCUUACCUCUUUACCUUAUUAACACCACGCUUUCAGUCUGAUCUGCAUGCGGAUGCUAAUGUUGCUUACCCAAGUUAAAUUACCGUGUGUGUGUUUUGACUGCAGAUUGAACAAAGCCCUAUGCCCAGUCUCCACCUUAACAGUUGUCAAGGAGACAGGAGAGCUGUCGUCAUGGCAGCGAGAUAUAAGUGAACCUUCUGAUAAAGGAUGUUAGAUGUGAUCAUAUACAUCUAGCACCAACACAUCAUGUCCAAACUCUAUCUUGGUUCAAAUCAGAAAAUCAUACACGUAUACCUUGAGAACACAAAUGUACACUUUGGCAAGAGAUCAGGCGAAUAUGCAGACUCUGAUCCCAACUCCUAGCAAGUAAAGAUCAUAUAUAAGGAAAAACUAUAAAGCCAAGAAAGUGAGAUUGUCUUUCCACGCCAGUCACGUUUCACAAAUACUGGCCGCUAGGGGACAGUAAUGACAUUGCGUGUUUCUGUGCCUGUGCAUCUUUUUAUGGAUCUCUACUCCCAAAAGAGUGCACUAUUUGAUCUUGAAAUAAUGGCUUUUACACCCAUUAAAGUCCACUAUAUAUCAAACAGGGAGCUAUUUCAAAUUAGCCAAAUGUACUAUUUGUAAACUUGACAGCUUUAAAGUUCCAGUCAUUUUUAAAUUAAUUAUUUAAUCUUUCUGUAUUUUUUCCAAUAUAUGGCUAGUAAAACCACUUUGCCUUCUGCUUUUGUAAUUGUUACUGGGUACUCCAGUCAUGUGAAGUGCAUGAACAAGUCAUAUUACUAACCUUGUGACUAGCAGUUAAACAAUAGUCACCUAACCAAAACAAAAUGUUAGAGUACAGCAGUAGGGAGAGACUAUUUUGCUUAGCUUUAAAUCUAUGUACAGUAAACACGACAUACACUAAAUAAAAGAUAAAGCUUACCUUUUGUAGCCAACCAACAUUCAGUAGUCUCUACUAGCCAUUUAGUACCUGACGAAGUCAAUGUCACUGCCAGAGUAAUUUACUUCAUAACUCAUAUAUAACAUGGAAAUGAAUAUAAUCUUUUUUAAAUACAAGUUUUGUUUUGUGAAUGAAAUACUGCUAUUAAAUGGGAUGCAUUAAAUAUUGUCACUAGAAAUACUGUAGUUGUUGUUAAAUCAACAAUACAAAAUCCUUUACCUUCCAAUCUCUCAUGCCAAAUGCGUCAAAAUAUUUCAGAUAAGGUAGUGAUUUUGUUACACGUUACAAACUAACCAAAGGAGUGAUCUUGUAGGUGCAAACAUUUGUUUACAAGAAGGAAUUUCUAAUUGUACAAGGAGCCCCUGCACGUUGAGUACUUUGUUCAUUCCUGCUUAAAAAUACACAUUAAAUGGCCUUAUUCAAUUCCCCACAAUCAACUUGUAUAAAGAAGGCAAACUAAAGAUUGUUGUUUAGGAUUGUAUGUUACAUUUCACUGGGGACCUGAGGACAAUUUUAUUUGAAAUUCAUUUUCUGUAAAUGGCUCGUUAGUGUCAUUGGCUUAAAAGGUUUUCAAAGAUUAAAAACACAGCAUGCUAGUAUAUGGUGGGAAUGUGGUGUUUUAGUAUAUUUGACAUUUGAUAUCAAACUCUAACUCUCGUACUAACCUCCUGCUUGCUCUCCUUUGUUUGUGUUUCUGCAUGCUGAUUGGCCUCGACUGUGUGAUUUGGGGACAUUGCUUGGCACAGGGGCCAUUUCUUGUGCACAGUGAGCCAAAGAGGGAGGGGUCUGUCAUGGAACGGGCCUGCCCCCAGGACUAUCAGACCGAGCUGGGCGGCAAGAAGCCACUGCGCACUUCACGCAGUCAGUUACAAGCCGGGGGGCGUGGCUUAUCACGACAGGACACAUUUGAUUCGGAGACACAGGGCAGUCGCGACUCGGCCUACACAGAUGACAUGGAAACAGAUCCAUACGAGGAGCCAGAAUCCUGUCGCAGCCGGUUAAACCCUGCCCACCACACCCCACGACAGGCAUCCUGGGAGGAUGAGGGGGCAGAACCAGAUCAGGAGAACCUCAACCUAGCACCGCCAAUGACCAAUCAGCAUCACCGUGGGCGGGCCCACCUGAGGGAGCGCUACUGUCAAGAUGUAGAGGCCGGUGAGACCACGGUAGGCCACAACCAAAACCAGGAGGAGUGGAACAGAGACGUGUACAUCCGCUAAAGCCAACAACCUAGAGAGGAGGACAGGGAAGAUAUGGAGAGUACAUGAAGGAUUUAGGGGGAUUAAAAAUUUAGGGGGACAAUUGUUGAUGUCUAAAGCUGGAUCUGUUUACAAUCCAUAGAAACCAUCACAGGCAAAUGCUGUACAGUUCAUAUUUCCAUCAUGCGCAUUAUGCCAACCAAGCUUACACUCAUAUUUCAUUUAGCUAAUCUUAUUUCAGGGUGAGGGGGAAGCAAAGACAUGUUUGUUUCCAUUUUAUCUUUGUUUCCUUUUUUGUUUGUGUUGUCUUGCAUGAGCCCUUAUCAGUAUAAGGAUAAUUCCUAUUUCCAAUAGCAAUGAAGUAAAACUAAGAAAAUAUAUAACCACAAACUUGUGUGUAUGUAUGUGUGGAUGUGAGAGCGAGUGUGUGCAUGGGUGUAUGUAUUUUGUCCUCUUACUGUCUUAAUCAGGGCCUCUUUAUCCCCAGUUAGAAUAUACUGGGCCUCAAAUCUCUUUAGUUCCUUAGACUGGAUUUUACUGUGGAACUGAAUGAUCUAAAUUAAACAUUAAAAGGGCCUUGUUACACAGUCAACCUUCGGAUAUACCAUGUCAGUGGUGCACUGGAUUCACGUAAUGUAUCACCAGGUAAUGGAGGCCAGAAUUUUCCAGGUCAAAUUUCUCUACAAAGAUCUGCCAAUAUUCUUCAUGUAUAUACUUUCUCUAUUUCUUUAGAUACUAUUUAUUAUGCUUAGAAUGCUAGAAACUGUAUUACAUCAUUUGCCUGAUAUAGCUUUAUUGCUGCUACGUGUUUUUCCAGCCUGUACAGUAAUCUGUUCUAAAACUCACAUUUGUGGUAUGAACAGUUUCAGUAAGGUGGCUGACACAUUAAUAAAGCCGACCAAUGUUAACUUAUUUGUGAUAACAGGUUUUAUUAUGCAAGAAAACGAAACUUUAAAGCCGCUUUAUUACACGUGAUGUGAUUUUUCCCCACCGUCAAAUGAGUAUGACCUUUAAACAAUUUAAAACAAAGGUAUAAAACAGGUUCUCUGCUCCAGGCCUGGAGGCUUACUGCCCAACACAAUUUCAUGUUUCCCUGCUUGCAACACACCAGAUCAGGUGUUGUAGGCAGUAGGGUAACAUUGCAGAGCAGUGGGCCUCCAUGACAUGAGUAGGGAAUCCAUUGUCUGAAGCACUUUGUGACCUCCAUAAAUGGCUACUACUGGGGACUGUGACAGAGAUUUUUUAUGUGGCAUCGUCUCCUGUGUUCAUCAAAAUUUUUCUGAUGCACUACUGCUGUGGGAGUGAAACAUGUCUCAUAUACAUGCCGAUCACAUAACAAAUGACAAGUGCCAGGAUAUUUCAUGAAGUUACACCCACUACCCGUGGUGGGUCGUCUUAACUCUGUGCCACACAUGUUUUUGUUGUGUGGAUGUGCUAUAGAAGUGUCACCCUUACUCUUUGUCUACCAGUUAUUUUUGUCAUUGUAAGGAUCUGAUUGUGUGAUCACACUGAUUUUACAAAGAAAUACACAGACAACAACAUACACACACAGGUAUAAACACACAGUAAACCUUCUACUGCCUUUUUCUCCUGCUCCUGUCUUUUGUGCCACUAUCUCUGUGGGCAUUUUUAAACAAGGGUUAUGUGUGUGUGUGUAUGUGUGUGUGUGUGUGUGUGUGUGUGCGUGUAUGCGUGUGUCUGUGUAUAUGUGUGUGUAGGGGGGGCGGACACUCAAACAGCUUUUGAUGUGCAGGAAGAGUGUCAGUGAAUAUCUUUGAUGAGCCUGUUUUUACUCACAUAUGUUGCAAAAGGACAUCAUGCUAAUGAUGAAAUUCAGAAAUGUACAAGAAUAUAGCUUAAUAAUGAAUGUUAUUGUUGCGUUAUUGCAAUUGUUAAUAUAUGACAAAACAAAAACAUGUAAUCUUUGGUGCCUGAUUGUAGCUCCAUUUUGCUUUUUUGCCUUCUGUUUUUAAUCUGUGGGUAAAUCUGUAUUUUAAUUAAAAAUUAAAAUCAGAACUAA